AUGCACAUCCGCAAAUUCCGAGCAUUUCGCAAACACAGAUGCACAGGAUAUCCUGAAGCUGACACUUGCAGCCGGGCCUCCCUACAGCCUCCGCACAGCCUUUACACAGCCUCCGCACAGCCUUUACACAGCCUCCGCACAGCCUUUACACAGCCUCCCUACAGCCGCCGCACAGCCUUUACACAGCCUCCCUACAGCCUCCGCACAGCCUUUACACAGCCUUUACACAGCCUCCGCACAGCCUUUACACAGCCUCCCUACAGCCUCCGCACAGCCUUUACACAGCCUCCGCACAGCCUUUACACAGCCUCCCUACAGCCUCCGCAUAGCCUUUACACAGCCUCCGCACAGCCUUUACACAGCCUCCGCACAGCCUCCGCACAGCCUUUACACAGCCUUUACACAGCCUCCGCACAGCCUUUACACAGCCUCCCUACAGCCUCCGCACAGCCUUUACAUAGCCUCCGCACAGCCUUUACACAGCCUCCCUUCAGCCUCCGCACAGCCUUUACACAGCCUCCCUACAGCCUCCGCACAGCCUUUACACAGCCUCCCUACAGCCUCCGCACAGCCUUUACACAGCCUCCCUACAGCCUCCGCACAGCCUUUACACAGCCUCCCUACAGCCUCCGCACAGCCUUUACACAGCCUCCGCACAGCCUUUACGCAGCCUCCCUACAGCCUCCGCACAGCCUUUACACAGCCUUUACACAGCCUUUACACAGCCUCCGCACAGCCUUUACGCAGCCUCCCUACAGCCUCCGCACAGCCUUUACACAGCCUCCGCCCAGCCUUUACACAGCCUCCGCACAGCCUUUACACAGCCUCCCUACAGCCUCCGCACAGCCUUUACACAGCCUCCGCACAGCCUUGGCAAAGCCUCAAGCGCGACGUCGUCCUCCCGACAGUUAA